AUGGCGGGAGGCAUCAAGAAAAGUAAGAUUGGGUCAAUACGAUCCAUUUUCAUGCAUGCAGACAGUCUAGAUUGCUUCUUAAUGGUUCUUGGAUUAAUUGGAUCCAUUGGUGAAGGGUUCUCUAGCCCCUUAAUUUUUUUUGUAUCUAGCAAAUUGCUGAACAAUCUUGCUGGUGCAGAUUCUGCUUCAGAUGUCUUCUCUGACAGCAUCAACAAGAAUGCUUUGGCGCUUUGUUACCUGGCUUGUGGACAAUGGCUUGUUUGUUUCAUAGAGGGAUAUUGUUGGACAAGAACAGGUGAAAGACAAGCAAUGAGAAUGCGAACAAGAUAUUUAAAAGCAGUGUUAAGGCAAGAUGUUGGUUACUUUGACUUGCAUGUAACAAGUACAGCCGAGAUCAUCACAGGUGUCUCUAAUGACAGUUUUGUAAUUCAAGACGUUUUGAGUGAAAAGGUGCCAAACUUCUUAAUGAAUGUUUCUACAUUUAUUGGAUGCUAUAUAAUGGCGUUUAUAUUGCUAUGGAGACUAACAAUUGUAAUGUUUCCAUUUAUACUGCUUUUGGUAAUUCCUGGUGUGAUGUAUGGAAAGAUUCUGAUGGGAAUAUCAAGAAAGAUUAAACGAGAGUAUACCAAGGCAGAAACAAUAGCUGAGCAGGCUAUAUCUUCAACGAGGACAAUCUAUGCCUUUGUUGGCGAAACCAAAGCCAUAGCUGCUUAUUCUGAAGCUCUACAAUUGCCAUUGAAGUUGGGGUUGAGGCAGGGCAUGGCUAAGGGGUUAGCUGUUGGCAGCAAUGCUGUUGUUUUCGCUGUUUGGUCCUUCAUGUCUUACUAUGGUAGCAGAAUGGUCAUGUACCACGGUUGUCGAGGAGGGACUGUGUUUAAUGCUGGCGCAUGUGUUAUGGUGGGUGGCCUAGCAUUUGGAGCUGGUUUAUCCAACAUGAAGUACUUUGCAGAUGCAUGUUCUGCUGGAGAACGUAUCAUGGAAGUGAUAAGAAGAGUCCCCAAAAUAGACCUAGAUAACAUGGAAGGUGAGAUUUUGGAUAAUUUUAGGGGGGAAGUUGAAUUCAGACAGGUCAAAUUUGCAUACCCUUCAAGGCCAGAAAGCAUUAUCUUUGAAGAUUUUUGCCUACAAAUCCCAGCAUGCAAAAGUGUGGCCUUGGUUGGUGGUAGUGGGUCAGGAAAAUCGACAGCAAUAGCAUUAUUACAAAGAUUUUAUGACCCAUUAGGUGGAGAGAUACUUCUUGAUGGAAUUGCAAUUGAUAAGUUGCAACUCAAGUGGCUAAGGUCACAGAUAGGUUUGGUGAGCCAGGAGCCUGCACUAUUUGCUACAACAAUCAAGGAGAACAUACUUUUCGGCAAAGAAACUGCUACAAUGGACGAGGUUGUUGAAGCUGCCAAAGCUUCAAAUGCUCAUAACUUCAUUUCCCAGUUCCCUCAAGGGUAUUCUACUCAGGUUGGUGAGAGAGGUGUUCAAUUGUCAGGAGGACAAAAGCAAAGAAUUGCUAUUGCACGAGCUGUAAUCAAAUCACCUAGAAUCCUCCUCCUCGACGAGGCUACAAGCGCAUUAGACACAGAAUCCGAACGUAUUGUCCAAGAAGCCCUAGACAGAGCAGCUGUGGGGAGAACCACAAUCAUAAUUGCUCACCGGCUCUCCACCAUUCGUAAUGUGGAUAUCAUUGCUGUGGUCCAAGACGGUCGGGUGACGGAAAUCGGGUCUCACAAUGAAUUAAUUGAAAAUGAAUAUGGCAUGUACACAUCCCUAGUUCGUCUUCAACAAACACUAACCGAAAAACCUUGUGAAAAUGUCACUACAACUUCAGUGUCCUCAUCAGCUAUCCCAGUUAUGAAAACUAAUAGAACUAGUAGUGAUACUAGUAGUCGAAGAUUAUCACGUUCUGCCAAUUCAGUAGCACCAAGUAAAGUUUCAAUCAGUUCUGAAGAAAAUGUAGCGAUGGAAGAGCAAAAAUUCUCGGCACCAUCAUUUCUAAGAUUGUUGGCAUUGAACCUACCGGAAUGGAAACAGGCGAGCUUUGGAUGUUUAGGAGCAAUUUUAUUUGGUGGGGUUCAACCAGUAUAUGCAUUUGUGUUGGGGUCAAUGAUAUCCGUAUUCUUUUUGAAAGAUCACAACGAGAUUAAGGAGAAGAUAAAGAUUUACUCUCUUUUCUUUUUGGGGUUGACGUUCUUCUCAUUGAUCAUCAAUGUAAUUCAACAUUAUAAUUUUGCAUACAUGGGUGAGCAUUUGACAAAGAGGAUUAGAGAGAGGAUGCUUUCGAAGAUUCUCACAUUUGAGGUUGGGUGGUUUGAUCAAGAUGAGAAUUCAAGUGGUGCAAUUUGCUCAAGACUCACCAAAGAUGCUGAUGCGGUGAGAUCAGUAGUGGGUGACCGAAUCGCUCUCGUCGUUCAGACAAUGUCAGCGGUCACCAUAGCAUGGACCAUGGGUUUGGUCAUUGCUUGGAGGCUUGCCAUUAUGAUGAUAGCAGUCCAACCUAUCAUAAUCGCCUGUUACUAUACCCGGAGUGUUCUACUAAAAAGUUUGUCAAGAAAGGCCAUCAAAGCACAAGACGAAAGCAGCAAGCUCGCAGCAGAUGCUGUUUCCAACCUCCGAACCAUCACUGCUUUCUCCUCUCAAGAACGAAUCCUGAAAAUGCUCGAGAAAGUCCAAGAAGGCCCACAGAGAGAGAAUAUUCGGCAAUCAUUGUUUGCAGGUAUUGGGCUUAGCACUUCUCGAAGCAUAAUGUCCUGCACUUUGGCUCUGGACUAUUGGUAUGGUGGCAAACUCAUUGCUCAAGGCUACAUGACCUACAAAGCCAUGUUUGAGACCUUCUUGAUCUUGGUAAGCACAGGACGUGUCAUAGCUGAUGCUGGAAGCAUGACAAUGGACCUAGCCAAGGGUUCAGACUCUAUUCGGUCGGUUUUCGCUGUGCUGGAUCGGUGCACAAAAAUCGAACCAGAAGACCCUGAUGGUUACCGGCCAGAAAAAAUCACGGGCCAUGUGGAACUCCAAGAUGUGGAUUUUGCAUACCCAGCCAGGCCUAAUGUGAUGGUCUUCAAAGAUUUCUCAAUCAACAUUGAAGCAGGGAAAUCAACAGCUUUGGUGGGGCAAAGUGGUUCAGGAAAAUCAACCAUCAUAGGAUUAAUCGAAAGAUAUUAUGAUCCACUCAAGGGCACUGUAAGAAUAGAUGGAAGAGACAUCAAGUCAUACAACCUCAGGUCACUAAGGAAAUGCAUUGCUCUGGUUAGUCAAGAACCCACAUUAUUUGCUGGCACCAUAAAGGAAAACAUUAUCUAUGGUGCGUCAUCCGACAAAAUCAACGAAUCAGAGAUCAUCGAGGCAGCUAAGGCAGCCAAUGCUCAUGAUUUCAUAUCUGGAUUAAAAGAUGGGUAUGAGACAUGGUGCGGAGACAGGGGAGUGCAGCUAUCAGGGGGUCAGAAACAGCGCAUCGCAAUAGCCCGUGCCAUGCUGAAAAAUCCAGCAAUAUUGCUGUUAGAUGAGGCCACAAGCGCACUCGAUAGCCAGUCAGAGAAGGCAGUGCAAGAAGCAAUAGAGCAUGUAAUGGUGGGAAGGACGAGCGUGGUGGUGGCUCACAGGUUGAGUGCUAUACAGAGCUGUGAUCUCAUUGCAGUUUUAGAUAAAGGGAAGGUCGAGAUGGGGACUCAUUCAUCUUUGCUGGCCAACGGAACUACCGGAGCUUAUUAUUCAUUGGUGAGUCUCCAAAGCAGACCACACAACACCUCUACCGCUCAUCGUAAUUUGGAUUGAAUCACAAAUCUCUUCUUGUCUCAAUCUAGUUCAUGUAUGGCUGCCAUCAAAAUUUUUGCGGUGGUCGAAGCACCUGUAAUAAUUCCCAAACUAUGGCUUUGCUUCUCUUUUAUUAGAGGAAUUUCACGUUAGAUGCAUGGAGCUAUAAAUAAAUAAAUAAACAUGAAUAUAUGUGCAUUC